ACUUGGCAUUUUGAUUGCUUUUUCAUUCAAUAUUUUCAAUAAGCUUGCAAAAGACUAUACUGAGCUACUAAUUAGUUGUUCAUAAGCGGUAAACAAUAAUCGCAGUAAGCGCUGUUAAGCUGACUCUGUGAUUUUUUUUUUUUUUGGCCAGCAAGCAGUUACAGACAAGAAGAAGACCAAGGCAAAAACAAAACAAAACCCGACAAUUGUACGCAGUUAACUUAAGCAGACAAAAUGCCAGCUAGUAAUGUUGAUCCUGUCAAGCCUGCAAGCAAGCAGGUGGGCACAAAUACCUGCAGCGAUACGGGUACACUGGAUCUGAUCAUCAAGUCGUUGAGGUCACCAACCAUGAUAUGCGAGGGCACGCACUUUGAUCGCAAGAUACCCCAUACUUUUGUCAUCUUUGGCGCUUCAGGUGAUCUGGCUAAGAAGAAAAUUUAUCCAACGCUUUGGUGGCUCUAUCGUGAUGAUCUCCUGCCCAAGCCCACCAAGUUCUGUGGCUAUGCGCGUUCAAAGCUCACCAUAGAGCAGCUCAAGGACAACUGCAGGCAGUACAUGAAGCUCCAACCUUAUGAGCAGGCCAAGUACGAUCAGUUCUGGGCACUCAAUCAUUAUGUAGCGGGCAGCUACGAUGGACGCACAGGCUUUGAGAUGCUGAAUCAGGACAUUCAGCUAUUGGAGGAGCGCAAGAAAGCCAAUCGUAUUUUCUAUUUGGCACUGCCGCCCAGUGUCUUCGAUGAGGUGACCGUUAACAUCAAGAACAUUUGCAUGUCUGUGGAUGGCUGGAAUCGCGUAAUCGUGGAGAAGCCCUUUGGUCGCGACGAUGUCUCCUCGAAGGCAUUGAGCGAUCAUUUGGCCAGCUUGUUUCAAGAGGAUCAGCUUUAUCGCAUCGACCAUUAUUUGGGCAAGGAGAUGGUGCAGAAUCUGAUGACCAUACGUUUUGCCAACAAGAUACUCAGUUCGACGUGGAAUCGUGAGAACAUUGCCUCCGUGCUGAUCACAUUUAAGGAGCCUUUCGGCACGCAGGGACGUGGCGGUUACUUUGAUGAGUUUGGCAUUAUUCGUGACGUGAUGCAGAAUCAUUUGCUGCAAAUACUCUCGCUGGUGGCCAUGGAGAAGCCCGUGAGCUGCCAUCCAGACGACAUACGCGACGAGAAGGUCAAGGUGCUGAAGAGCAUCGAGUCGCUGCAGUUGUGCGACAUGGUGCUGGGACAGUAUGUGGGCAAUCCCCAAGGCAAGACCGAGGAUGAGCGCACGGGCUAUUUGGACGAUCCGACGGUGGACAAGGACUCAACGACACCCACCUUUGCCCUGGGCGUAUUGAAGAUCAACAAUGAACGCUGGCAGGGUGUGCCGUUUAUACUGCGCUGCGGCAAAGCGUUGAACGAGCGCAAGGCUGAGGUGCGCAUCCAGUACCAGGAUGUGCCUGGCGACAUUUUCGAGGGCAAUACCAAACGCAAUGAGCUCGUCAUUCGCGUGCAGCCUGGCGAGGCGCUCUACUUCAAGAUGAUGACCAAGAGUCCGGGCAUUACGUUCGAUAUUGAAGAAACAGAGCUGGACUUGACCUAUGAGCAUCGCUACAAGGACUCGUAUCUACCGGACGCGUACGAGCGUCUCAUACUCGACGUCUUCUGUGGCUCCCAAAUGCACUUUGUGCGCUCCGACGAGCUGCGCGAGGCAUGGCGCAUCUUUACACCCAUUCUGCACAAGAUCGAGCAGGAGCACAUCAAGCCCAUACCCUAUCUGUAUGGCUCCCGCGGCCCCAAGGAGGCGGAUCGACUCUGCGAGCAGAACAAUUUCAAUUACUACGGCUCCUACAAGUGGCACGCCAGCAAGACCUCGCCCGUUAGCUCCAAUCUUUGAUUAACUAGACUUGACUUGGCUUGGUUGACUUUUCGGUUGGGCAUGUUGCGUGAUUGUUAUUAGUUUGUAACUAUAGUUUUAGCUAUAACUAUGGCUACUUUUAGUUAUAUUAAUAUAAAUUAUAUUAAUGGUUAAACAAUAUUCUCUUU